AUGGCCAGCACCCCGUGGAACACAAAAAGCAAAAUACCUGGAUCCGGCGCAACUCUCAAGAUCACACCUGCCAAUUCACCGGUCCUCAGACCCGGCACUCGAUCACCCAGUAAGCCCUCACCGCAUCAGUCUGUUUUAUCCCUACAGACCGUGAUUGGCACAACCACCGCCACACCCAAUGGCUUUUCCUCGCACGAACCUAGCAGAUCGUUUGCCCUAUGUGUGGGUUCCGCCGCAAUAUUAGCAGAUAUUGAUAUAGAUGGGACUGUCAAUCAACGUUUUUUCCGCGCACGCCCCACCGCCACCCCUGUGAACCCUGUCGUCUCAUUCUACAACCAGCCCGCGAGUCCGACAACACCAGACAACCGCGUCAGGUCCGUUGCAAGCAGGGUAGGGAAUGGCGGAGGGAUUUCUCCUGCUGCCGAUUGGGCGGACUCGAGUGGCGCUCGAACAUGGACAUCGCGCGAAAGGAUCAAGGCGGUUACAAGUGUCGCAAUUAGCCCUAAUGGAAGGUUCCUAGCUGUUGGAGAGACCGGCUAUAACCCUCGAGUCUUGAUCUUCUCCACAGCCCCCGAUGCGCCCCGCGACAUACCUCUAACAGCCUUGACGGAGCACACGUUCGGCGUGCGCAGUCUCGCAUUCAGCUCCAACUCACAAUACUUGGCGACCCUCGGAGAUAUGAAUGACGGAUUUCUGUUUGUUUGGCAAAUCAACUUGCGGACUGGAGCCGCGAAGCUUCACUCGACAAAUAAAUGCACGUCGUUUAUUCGCGACAUGUGCUGGAUGGGCCAAACACUGAUAACUGCCGGUGUACGCCAUGUCAAAGUUUGGAGGCUUGACUCGCGGCCUGGAUCACCUUCCAAAUUACGUCCGAACAGCGACAACUUUUCAAGCUCAUUUUCAGGCAACCCGAAAGCCUUAUCAGGACGGAACUGUCUUUUGGGCUCACUAGGAGAACAUACCUUCACCUGCAUAGCUAGCGUGUCUGAUUGUGAAGCUAUUAUCUGCACAGAUAGCGGCGCGGUCUGUCUACUCGACGACACUGAGGGUAACCAGAAAUUGACACUCGUCAAACUUGUGCCGUUUGGACUCACUUCAGUUACGGUUGCUCCCGAAUCUGGUACUGUCUGGCUUGGUGGUCGGGGAAGGAAAUCCUUGAAACUGAGAAUGGAAGACAUUCGAGAAUGGACGAAACUGAGGUCACCAUCCCCUUCUUCUCCUGUCGACACUAUCAAUCCCAAGGGCAAAGUACCAACCUUUAUUUCCAUAGCGUAUCUUGCAACCCAUAUCGUAACGGUUGAUUCGACAAAAGCUAUCCACGUGUGUCCUGUUGACGCGUUCGGGAAUGGGGAUGACGAAGAGAUCCUUCGAGACAGCCUUGUACCGGCUCAUCGGGACCAGGUGUUAGGUGUCGGACCGCUAAAAUUGCCAAACGUCUACAUGGCUGACUUUUUCACAUGGUCGUGCGAAGGUUCAGUCAAUUUCUGGGACAUGCAAGGUCGGUGCCGAGCUUCAAAAAAAGUCGAGCUGGAACAAUUGGUCUGGGGCGAAGACGAAGUCGCCAAUGAAUUAAAAGUUAUCCGGGUCGCUGAGGAUACUAAUACUUUUGUCUCGGGUGAUCGAUAUGGUGUGCUUCGAGUUCUAUCUGCGGAGCCGUGGAAGUGCCUUAAUGAGGUGCGAGCUCACGCAAGCUCUGGGCGUGAUCGCAUGGUGCAGCUAUUCAAAAAGACCGAGGAAACCUUUGAACUGAUUCAGACUAUGGACGAUCAUGUAGGAGCAGUUGGACAGUUGCUCUUCAUGAAUGACGGAGAACGGUUGCUGUCAUGUUCUGCUGAUCGCACAGUCAUUGUCCGUGAAAAGGCCACUCGCGAUGUUGACUCGUCUACGGUGGUUGCAUACCUCAUGUCUAAAGUUAUUACUCUCAAAGUGUCACCUCUUUCGAUGACAAUUACUCCCGGCGACCCAGAUAACCUGGUGCUGUCGACAAUCGACCGACACAUACAGCGUUUUGAUGUGACCUCUGGUCGGCAUGUCCACUCAUUCAAGGCCACCGAUUUCGAGACCAACGACGCUGUUGUCAUGAGCUCCUUGACUGUAGCCAGUGAAAUUCCUGGGCAGAGCCCCCGCAUACUCGUGGGUGUUUCAACUACAGAUAAAUCAAUCAGAGUCUACGACUUUGAGCGGGAUGCCUUGUUAACUAAAGAAUUCGGCCAUUCGGAGGGUGUCAGUGAUAUAAUCUUGCUAGAGCGAAGAAAAGACAAUACACAUGAAGUUGGUCGCACACUGGUCAGCACUGGUCUGGAUGGAGUGGUCAUGAUAUGGGACCUCUCGAUACAACAGCAACAGGCACAGGAAUUAUCGCAAGGUAAUAUUCGCGAUGAAGAGGAAACUCCGUCAAAGGAGUUAGUCGCCGCGAAGCCUCCGCUUCGUCGAAUACUCUCCAGGUCAGAGCUCGCCGGUUUCCGCCAGGAUGGCCUUAUGGCAACACCCACGCCAAUCCGAGAACAGUCCCCGCCACGCAUACGCAAGAAGACCUCUCGUUAUACACUUACUCCAUCGUUACCUAGAAAUAUAGGGCGUAACGACUCACCACCCCCUCUACCAAACCUUCGCCGAUCUCCUGCUCCAGUUCUCGACCCUAGAAGGUCGCCUUCUCCACCCAGUCCCAAAACCAGGCUUAUCAACGGCGUGAAUCAUCGUUCAAGCAUAAACAAUCUCCGCAACUCAUCUAUUGAUUUCCGAUCAUCAACUCGGUCGAGAAACUCCACACCAAGUGAAUUCGGAAGUCUCAAUAUGUCCACGGAGCAGGUCUGCCGAACACUACGAGCCUAUCGCAAGAAACUACACAGCUCAACAGAGUACCCUCGAGGCGCGAAAGAGCUAGAGCGAGAAUUGAAUUUGACUGUUCACGCUCUCAGCGAACGAGCAGCCCGACACAGCUCCAGCCCUGAUACGGAGAUUGACAGCAGCGAGAAAGAGAACAAAGAUAAUCAUACCAGUAACGGCAUCGCCGUUCAUAAACAGAGCGGCAGAAAACAAGCAUCCUCUUCAUCAUCUUCCACGAACGCGUCGUUGCUGGCACCGAGCGCGAAAUUGACCAAGGUCGCAAGACGGAUGCCUUCUACACCGUUACUUUCCACGAAAUCCGGCACGAGGCAGGUUUCUAGAAGUCGUUCGCUGGAUGCUGAUGGCGAGGGAUGA